AACCCGGAAGUGUUUUACGCGACUGAGGUCAAAAGCCGCGGACGAAACGCGUCACCGCUGUUGACGUCACCGCGCUCCCGCCUCGACGACGUGUUCUGAUUCGACGGCGGACGGGAAGCGGCCGCCGUCGUUCUUCCGAAGCCAUGGCCGAGCAGGCGGACCACCAGCACCAGCUGCACCACCGCGACGUCGUCCGCGGCUCGGUCCGCCACCCGACGUCCUCCGAGUCGGCCGACAAGGUCCGGGCGUCUUCGCCGCCGCAGGCGCCGGCGGGCCCGCUCGGCUGGGUGCGCCUCAACGUGGGCGGGACGUACUUCGUCAGCACCAAGCAGACUCUUUGCAGGGAGCCCAAGUCGUUCCUGUUCCGACUGUGCCAGGACCACCCGGACCUGGACUCCGACAAAGACAGCACCGGGGCCUAUUUGAUUGACAGGGACCCCACCUACUUUGGACCCGUCCUCAACUAUCUCCGCCACGGAAAGCUCAUCAUGGACAAGAACCUCGCUGAGGAAGGCGUUCUCGAAGAGGCGGAGUUCUACAAUAUCGCCUCCCUGGUGCGUCUGGUGAAGGAGCGCAUACGGGACAACGAGAGCCGCACGUCGCAGGGUCCCGUCAAACACGUCUACCGGGUCCUGCAGUGCCAGGAGGAGGAGCUGACCCAGAUGGUCUCCACCAUGUCGGACGGCUGGAAAUUUGAACAGCUGAUCAGCAUCGGCUCAUCCUACAAUUACGGCAACGAGGACCAGGCGGAGUUUUUGUGCGUGGUGUCUCGGGAGCUCAACAACUCGGCCAACGGCGUCGUCGUGGAGCCCAGCCAGAAGGCCAAGAUCCUCCAGGAGCGAGGCUCGCGCAUGUGACCGCGCCGUCUGAUUGGAGCACAGAUGCCGCUCGUCGUUCUGGGCUACUUCCCGUCCCGUUUGGCGGGAAAAUGCGUGGCGACCGAGGUGGGACGCUUCCCGUUGGAUGGCCCUCACUUCCCGUUUUCACAGGAAGUGACACGCGCCGCCGUCUCUUGACGUAGCGUCUCUGUGUCGCGCGUGCAAUUAGACCCUGGCAUACCAUCGCAUGUCGGGCGUCGGCCCCGCCCCUCGCCAUCACCCGGUCACGUGGCAGCGAGCGCGGAGCGGCGAGAGCAAACGCUCGUCCGGUUUGGCCAAUCGCGUCGCGUCUUUCGGACGACGACGGUUGUACGCCAACUUUCUGGAUCAAAGCCUGACAUUCAAGUUAAUUGGCGCUUUUAUCGAAUGAGCGUCAAAUGACAUUUGAAAUGCUAACAUGCUAAUGGAUAUGGGUUAGCAUUAGCAUGCCGUGUCGCUACCUAGCAGCGAGUUGUCAACGUGACGCCUGCAUGUGCGUUUUUCAGACCUGAUUAUCAUGCUAGCAGGACGCUAUCUGCCGAGGAUGAUAGCAUGUAUUAGCAUUGCUGGCGACUGGUAGAUGCUAGCGGUUAAGGGGGGGAAAAAAAAUACAUCUCAUACUGCGGGUUCAGAAAGUACUCGGAUCCCCUUAAAAAUUUUUUUUUUCAAAUUUUUUUUUUUUUGUUAAAUCGCCCCUCAUUAACGCACAUCAGUUGUUGAAAUGUUUGCACAUUUAUUAAAAGAGACAAACUGGAAUAUCGUGCAGCCAAAAUUCUUCAAACCCUUUGCUGUGACACGCGUUUCUUUCACUCGGGUUCUGAUCGUCCUUGAGAUGGUUCCGCACCUUCAUCGGAGUCCAGCUGUGGCCGGGGAAGCCAAAGUCUACAGAAGACCUUGCGGCCCCCAGUGGCUGUCACAGCAAAUGAGAACCGUGAGGUCCAAGGAACCGCCUGAAGAGCUCAGAGACGGGAUUGUGGCAAGGCACGGAUCGGGCCACGGUCACACACAGAAAAAGAAAAACAAACAAAAUGCUGCACUGAAAAGUUCUUAAGAGCACAGCGGCUCCAUGGAAGACAUUUUUGACCCCCACAACCCCUCCGCACAAAUCGAGCCAUGGGGGUGGGGGGGGUCGAAAAGAAGCCAAAGAUCACGAAAUCCAGUGGGGAGAUAGGAGAAAGUUCUAGAAAGUCAGCCCUCCUCCACCCGGGCAUCAGGCGUCCGAUCCAGUACUCCCGACAGUGAAGCGUGGGGGUGUUUUGGAGCCGCGGGGGCAGGACCGCCGCGAGCCAUGCAAGGAAGUAUCCGGGGCUAUCCUGGACCAAAACCGCUCAGGACCCCUUCCAAACCAGACAAUGACCCCUCAGCGCGCAGCAGGUAACCUGGCCCGACCGGAGCCUAACGGAGACCUGAAAAUGGCUGGCCAACAUCCGUCGGCUCCCGCUCGAUACUGAGCAAAGGAUCGCAAUACUUACUGCUGCGUGAUUAGUCCAGCUUUUUCUUUUUAAUCUGCCCAAGAACGUCUGCCAGUAUGGGAGGCCGUGUGGACGCCGACAAGCAAAAAAAAAAAAAAAAAAUGGAAUUCAUAUGAGUUUUGUAAAUGGCUGCAAUAUAAGAGAGCGGGAAAAAUUUACAGGGGUCUGAAUAUUUUCCGUAUCCGCUUGAUGACCUGUGGCCCUUCACAGUGCAGAUAAAAAUGAUCCCAAGGCAAAUUGUCAAAUUCCCGCACGUCUGCAAAAUGGCUGCCUGAUCCUGGAUGCAUUUCACAUCUCAGAUCCCUCUGGUGUAUUGCGGCAACAUUGUGAGCGUUAACGCUAAGGGCGGGACUUUUGUCAAAAGCAGUGCAAACGUUUUUAAAAAUAACCAAAAAGGCGGAAGGGGAGGGACGAACAAGCGCGCGAGAGGUCGCGAGUCCUCGGCCGCCGUCCUCGUCUCGACCCAAGAUGGCGCCGAAGACAGGAAGCUCG